CCGGCGCAGCCUGCCUUCGCCUCAGCCGAUGUGAUGUUUGGUAUUCCAUGCAGAAGCCUCCCACGCCCCUGUCCGCCCACGCCAGGAUUUGCGUCACGCAGGCGCGUGGGAGUGAGCACUGUGGCAACCGCGGAAUAUCCCAAUUUCAAUAGCCGGGGAGGAGGGGGGGUUGGGUAGCAGGCAGGCAGGCAGGCAGGCAGGCAGCUCACACACAUCUAGCCUAGAUAGACGCUCAACAACACAAUCGUGUUUCUAUACACGAAGGUGAAGGAGGAAAGGUGAAACUUCGUGUGCGUGUUGUGCCUGGCUACAGCACACAUACCCUAACAGGAAAAAUAGCUCGCGUGUUCAGGAUCACAUAAUUUUUGACAGAUUAUUCAGUUACAGUUUAUGGCAGUUCCUAUACUGUCACUAUUGUAACUAACUACAUUGUGACAACUACACAAAGGGAACUAAAGAGUACCAACGUUGACCAGGUAUGUCGGCGGCAUUGCCCAGAACUCUGGGGGAGCUGCAACUCUACCGGAUCCUCCAGAGGGCCAAUCUGCUAUACUACUACGAGGCUUUCAUCCAGCAGGGCGGCGACGACGUGCAGCAGCUCUGUGAGGCUGGCGAGGAGGAGUUCCUGGAGAUCAUGGCUCUGGUGGGCAUGGCCAGCAAACCGCUGCAUGUUCGGAGGCUCCAGAAAUCCCUGCGAGACUGGGUCACCAACCCGACGUUGUUCAACCAGCCGCUGACCUCCCUACCAGUCUGCAGCAUACCGGUCUACAAGUUGCCCGAGGGGUCGCCCACGCCGGGCGGCACAGAGCGCGGGGGUAGUAACAGCAACCGAGGCGAGUCACACGUCAAAGUGCCCAAAGUCCUGGCCGCCACGUGUCUCGACCCAGGAAAGCUGGAGGUGGCCCGGGACAGAAUAUCGGGCGGGUCGCCGCUGCAGAGCGGCAGCGAGGGCCGGUUCUGGUCUGGCCACAGCAACGACAGUGAGCAGAGCCUCUCCCCGUCCGAUCUGGGUUCCCCGUCGUCCCCCCGAGACAGCCUGGAAGCCCUCGACGCCGCCGCCGUGCAGUCCGUCCUGGAGUGCGUGGACCGGAUGACCCCGGCGUUGCCUAAGAGUGACCCUGCGGAGGUCAAAGAGCAACUGAAGACCAAUAAGAAGCUGGCGAAGAUGAUCAGCCAUAUCUUUGAGAUGAGCGACGACGACCCGAGGAGAGAGGAUGAGAUCCGGAAGUAUAGCGCCAUCUAUGGACGUUUCGACUCCAAGAGGAGGGAUGGAAAACAUCUGACCCUUCACGAGUUGACAGUGAACGAAGCAGCAGCCCAGCUGUGUAUGAGGGACAUGGCUCUACUGACCCGUAGAGAUGAGCUGUUCGGUUUCGCCAGGCAAAUCUCCAGAGAAGUAACCUACAAAUACACGUACAGGACUAGCAAAUCACGCUGCGGAAAUGCAGAUGAGCCGUCUCCUAAGAGGAUCAAAACCGAGGAGAACUUCUUUGACAUCCAGGAGGCUCUGCAAGCCAUACAUAUGAGACAGGAGAUACUGAGGGAACAGCUAGCCUGUGCCAAGUCCAAGGGAGAGGAGACAGUUGGGAGAAACCUCCAGGUGCAGUUGGAGCGUUUGUUAUCCAGGCAGAUGGAGAUCCUCCAUGAUGCAGCUGUACAAGAGAGGUUACAGGCUCUGGACUGGAGAAUACCUGCAGGGGCUUUGAAGUACCUCAGUGAGGCGCCCAGCACCAACGGCACGCCGGCAGACAAAAGCUCAGAGCGCCGAGAUGAGAGACCAAUGAACUUACGGGUGGUCAGUAAGAGCGUGGCAGAGGGGGAACUUCCCCUGGGAAAACAGCUAGCCAAUGAGCUCAAGCGUCACCAUAACAACCAUAUCACAGAUGAGGCCAAAACACCAGCCACGGAAAAUGGAUCCUCGCAUCAAGUGGCCAACCCUACGAACGGGAAGACCAUUAAAUCAGAACCUGAGGAUUCCACAUAGCGUCCUGAUCUUCGGUCCUCUUCCCCGCCCCGGUUAUAUUCACCAUUUACACUUUGUAUAGUAUGCAGUUUUCUCAGUCAAUGAAUACUAAAGCAAGCACAGCCACAGCACAGCCUUAACAACCAAUGUUGCCUCAAAAAAACAAAAAACAUUUAUUUUCUUUAAUUUUGUCUACUGUUUUUGCCAAAGCAUCUGGAGCAUGGAUUCAGUGAAGGGGAAAACUGAACAAGGAAGUCCUUUCACAGGGUACCUACCAUGCUGUGUAGGUUUUAUGUAUUUAUUGAUUGUACAUGAUUUUAUUUAAGAAUGAUGGGUGUGAAAAAUAGCCUUCUGUAACCAUCCCGAUUGCACAAGCUUGAAUUUUGUUUCACCACAUGAUCUCUCGUGAUGUGAAAAGAAAUGAGCUGAGCUGAGCGAUCAGGAUGGCGGGUAAGGCUAGACCAGGGCUAUUCAAAUGGGAUGCUGGGACACUUCUGAUUUUUGUUUCUACCUGGUAGUUAAUUGCACCCAGCUGUUAUUCCAGGUCUGAUUCAGUCACUUAUUAAAAGGAGGGGACAAAAAGCAGAAGGACCAGUGUUAAAUAUCCCUGGGCUAUAGUCAAGACCAUAAGUUGUUGUUUUUUUUUUUAUUUAAUAAUUUGUACCUCAAACUAUUUUGGGCAUGUGUUCUGUCAGUGGCCAACAGAUGUACUGUAAUAAUGGAAAGAAAACUUACUGUGUUUAGAUCAGAGGUGAAAAAGACAGCUGUCUGUGGCAGGAGAACAUUAAGCUUCCUGCUAUGGUACUGAGCUGACAGUACGUAUUGUCAAGGGAACUGAAGCUGCACAAUGUUCAGUGUUCUAGAACUCCAGCUAGAGUUCUUUGUAAUGUGAUAGGUCAGCUGAGACAUGUGAUGACCUAGACAUCUAUCAAAUCUCGUUUCAUUGGUAAAUCUGUCGAACACCUGAUCUCUCGUACUGUUAGAAUGUACAGUUGAACCCCCAACAUGAGUUACCCAUUUUGACUGAAUAUGGCUGAUAGCCUGAUAUAUUUUUGCACUUCAGAGACUUGAGUUUUUAAUACAUUUCACACUGUUGGACUGAUAGGGCCAUUUUGGUUAUACAUUUAGUAUUCCAAUAAAAAUAACUUAAUCACAAAAGCAGGGUUUUAUCAGGUUAGUGUUAGUGUCAACAAAGUGUUGGUGUGUUUGUAGAGCAAAUACCGAGUAACUGUUCUUAGAGAAAUCACAUAAAAGUAUCUGGGAUGUUAAGAGGUCAGUGUUACCUAUCUGUCUUGGAUUUUACCAGUGUUUCACCAGUUGCCAUUAAUGUACAAUCCAAGAUGUUAAUGUGUUAGAAUUAGUUGUCAGAUGGUUGUCCACUGUUGUGUUUUCAGUGUGUAAAUAUGUCCUGCUCUCUAGCGUCUAUCUAGUCUUUAGAUCUUGCUGUGGGGUCUGCUGUAGCUGUUGCUCCGCUCACUGCUCUCACAAGUGUUUUGUAAUAAUAGUCUCUCUAGUCUAGCUCAAUAUGACUGCUAUAAAUGCAAUACUUUUGUAAGUACUACGUAAGUACACACUUUGUCGACCCACCGUUUGUUCCGUCCUGUGCCAGUUGACUGUUUCUCUGCCCGUUUCUGUACUGGGUUUGUUCAAUUAGUGUCAUAUGAUGUUCUGAGACCAACGCAUGCCCAGCGAUGUGAUAGAUAGUGACAGUGUUGAUAGUUAGUGGAUUCUUGUUCUCAUCCCUGUCAUUGUACGUGAUACAGUUAGACUAGGCUUGCCUACACAGUGGAUAUGCACCAGUUUUUUAACACUAAUAUAUUUUAUUUGUUAUACAGCACAUGAACAUUAAACUUUAUUUUUUGAACUGUUA